AGAAAAGACAAGUAUUAUUUCUCUAGUGCGCUGAACGGCUGAACUAUCCUCCCCAAAUUGACGUGCCCUAAGUUCCUAACCUUCCGCAGAAACCUUCCUCCCACUCCACCGUCUACGUCUUCACCGUCCAAAUCCGCCGCUCCGUUCGGCUCUGAGUCGCCGUCUCCAUCGUCCGAGUCCGUCGCACCGUCAAGCUCUGAAUCGCUCUCUUCCAUCUGAGUCUGCCGUGUCUUCGAGCUCCCUAUUCGCAUCGCCUGGCCCGCCGUCGAGCUGGAAUCCCUCUCUACGUUGUUGCACUAGUUUCUACUUCUCUUGUUUUUGCCUCCAACCCUGCGCUCGCGUUUAAGAUCCAAGCAGCAGGGAUCAAAGUAUAACUCUCGAGUCUGAAAGAUGGCUCGAGCUGGGGGGAUAACGAAUGCUGUCAAUGUGGGAAUUGCAGUACAAGCUGACUGGGAGAAUCGUGAAUUCAUUUCUCAUGUCUCCCUUAAUGUUCGACGCCUCUUUGACUUCCUCGUGCAAUUUGAAUCUACUACCAAAAACAAAUUAUCAAAAUUGAAUGAGAAGUUGGAUACAUUGGAGCGGCGUCUGGAAUUGUUGGAAGUGCAAGUCAGCAAUGCCACAUCUAAUCCUGCUCUCUUCACUUCUAGUUGAUUUACUCUCGCCUUCUUACGCUCUUGUGAAAAAUUCAAAUCAUGUGGUUAGUUUGCUGAGCUACUGCAUCUUUUAUUUCUUAUACCAAUGUAUAUCGAGAUGUGAAACAAAUAUUGACGAAUGUGUGCUUUCUUGACCUGAAUUAUAGAAUAUGGUGGUUGCAGCUCA